UAAGUCUCGUAAAUAUGUUGUUUAUUAUUGAUUAACAUAACCUCAAAUUUGUCUUAAUUCGGUUCUUACACGGUGCAUUAAUUAUAAUUCGCUACAACUACUAGAUCAAAUAAAUAUAUCACGAAACAGAUUUUAAUAAUUACGUAUUCGUAGUGAACUUUAUUUCGUACCACUGGCUUUUAUUUCAGUGAUUUGUACAUGUUGAAAAUAUGUUAAUAACUAUCUCAAUUUUAAACAAAAUAAUAUUGUUACUUUAAAACUCGUCUGUUUUAUGUUAUAGGAACAAAUAAUUAUGAGCUACUUUACAAUAUUACGUUGCAAACAGUCCGUAACCUUAAAUAAGUAUUUGCUAGAGAAGUGUUUGAGACAAUAUUUAAUGUGUAAUGCAAGUUUAUACUCCACUGGAAUUAAUAAUAAUCAUCAUAAAAAUGACACUGCUAAAAAAGAACGUAUCGCUAGGAGAAGAGCGUUAAGGUUACAAAUAGUUCAAGAUAUUAAACAAACUAAACGGAAAGUGGAAGAGAUUAUCGAAAAGGAAAAUAUUUGGACGAUACCAAACUUUCUUUGUAUGGGUAGAAUUGUAACAUCGCCUUAUUUAAGUUACUUGAUUUUAUCACAGGAUUACCAGGUGGCGCUGUGGUUAUUAAUAAUUGCAGGAUUCAGUGAUUUAGCUGAUGGGUGGAUCGCGCGUACAUGGACAUCCCAAGCAUCUAAGCUUGGUAGUUUUUUAGACCCAGUUGCAGAUAAAUUACUCGUAGGUACGUUGUUCCUCUCUCUAGCCUGGGUGGGUUUGGUUCCUAUUCCUCUCGCGUGUCUUGUAAUCGCGAGGGACGUUGCAUUGGUUUCUGCUGCUUCUUAUAUUAGAUAUCAAUCUCUACCACCACCGAAAACUUUGGCUAGGUAUUUUGAUGCUACACACGCGACAGUACAGUUAGCCCCAACAUAUAUAAGUAAAAUUAAUACAGUUGUUCAGUUGUCUUUUGUCACUGGAACAUUGGCUGCUCCUAUAUUUCAUUUCGUAAAUCACCCAAUUUUAGAAGGUCUGUGUUAUGUAACAGCAUUAACAACAUUAGCAGGAGGCAUAAGCUAUUUGAUAUCAAAAAAUACAUAUAAAUUCUUAAGAAAAAAGACACCAACCAAAUCAUCUCGCUAGAUGUAAUUGUAUGUACAUUAUUAAUAAAUGAGGAAAACACAUCAGUGACACUAUUUUUAAGUUUAUUACUAGCUUUGUAAAAGAAAUUUCCUAUAAAUAUCUAUGGCAUAUAAGGAGGUAUCAUAUUAUUAUAGUUCCUU